CCCGGUGUGUCUGAAUCCGCUGAGAGUCUCUGGGUGCUGCGGUCAGUUUCUUUGUUUUCUUUUUUUGUUUUAAUUAUCACUCCUGCAUGCUCACUCAGACGACAAAGGGAUGAGGGAGAGAGAAGAGCUCAAGCAAGCCAAGGAGCAGAGCGAGUUGCUCCUGUCCAGAAUCCAUGAACUUGAGGAGGAGAACAAUCAACUUAACAAGGAAAAGAAUGAGGUGGUCACCAAAUGCCAAGUCGAGCAGGAAAACGUCCAGGCGUCCGAGCAGCGCUGCACCCAGCUGGAGAAGGCCCGGCGGGAGCUGGAGCAGCAUCUGUCAGGCCUUUCGGACCGCCUGGAGGAGGAGGAGGCCUGCUCGGCAACGCUGGUCCUCCACCGGGACAGGCUGGAGGCGGAGUGCGGCAGCCUCAGACGAGACCUGGACGAUCUGGAGAGCGCCCUGACCGCGGCCGAGCGGGACAAACAGUUGUCAGAUGGCGAGGUGAGGAAGCUGACCGAGCAGCUGCUGCAGAGGGACGAAGCCGUGCAGAAGCUCCAGAGGGAGAAGGAACAUUUGGUGGAGCUGAGCCAGCAAGCGAUUGAGGAUCUGCAGAUGGAGGAGGACAAAGUGAACCUGCUGACCAAAGAGAAAACCAAGCUGCAGUUGCAAGCCGAAGAUUUGGAGUUCCAGCUGGAGCGGCUCCAGCGUGGCGAGCCGGAGAAGGCCAGGAGGAAGCUGGACGCUGACAGCAGAUCUACUAAGGACAGCUUAGGAGAGGUGGAGAAGAUGAGGAGUGGUUUGGAAGAUCUUAUCAAAAGGAAGGACUUGGAGAUCAGCAGUGCCAGCACCAAACUGGAAGCAGAGGAGGCCCUCAACAUGGAACUGCAGAGGAGGAGCAAGGAGCUGCAGGCCCGCAUCGAGGAGCUGGAGGAGGAGCUGGAAGCAGAACGGGCCAUGAGAGCGAAGGUGGAGAAGCAGAGAGUCGACCUCACCAGAGAACUCGAUGAACUCACCGACCGGCUGGAGGAGGCAGGAGGCGUCACGGCUUCACAGAUGGAGGCGAACAAGAAGCGGGAGGCUGAACUCCAGCGUCUGAGGAGAGAGCUGGACGAGUCGUCGCUCCAGUCCGAGGCGCUGGCCGCGUCCCUGCGGAAGCGGCACGGCGAGGCCGUGGCGGAGCUGAGCGAGCAGUGCGAGGCUCUGCAGCGGACCAGAGCCAAGCUGGAGAAGGACAAACAGAACCUGAGGCUGGAGGUGGACGACCUGGCCGCGUCGGUGGACAGCCUGCAGAAAGCCAAGAUGUCGUCAGACGGCCAGGUGAAGAAGCUGGAGGAGCAGCUGUCUGAGGCCAACAGGAGGGGAGACGAGCUGCAGAGGACGCUGUCCGAGCUCAGUGUGGCCAAGAACAGGCUGUCAGCCGAUAACGUUGACGUAAGCCGACAAGUGGAGGAGGCGGAGAGCAGGGCGAGCCAGCUGACCCGCUGCAAGUCUCUGCUCCAGUCGCAGCUGGAGGAGCUGAAGAAGCAGCUGGACGAGGAGGUCAAGUCUAAGCAGGCGGUCGGCGGCAGCCUGAGCUCGGCGCGGCAGCAGUGUGAGGUGCUGAGGGAGCAGCUGGAGGAGGAGCAGGAGAGCAAGCAGGAGAUGCAGCGCCUCGUCUCCAAGCUCAACGGCGAGUUGACGCACUGGAGGACCAAGCACGAGGCAGACGCCAUCCAGCACGCCGACGAGCUGGAGGAGACCAAGAAGAAGCUCGCAGCCAGGCUUCAGGACGCCGAGGAAGUGGUGGAGGCCACCCAGGCGAAAUGCUCCUCACUAGAGAAGACUAAGCAGAGGCUGCAGGGAGAAGUGGAGGAGCUCUGCAUGGACCUGGAGAAGGCCAGCAGCUGCGGUCAGGCGCUGGACAAGAAGCAGCGUGUCCUGGAGAAGCAGCUCGGCGACUGGAAGCAGAAGUGUGAGGAGCUGGUGGCCGAGGUGGAGGGCUGCCAGAAGGAGAGCAGGCAGCACGCCGCCGAGCUCUUCAAGGUCAAGACGGCUCACGAAGAGUGUCUGGAGCAGCUGGAGGCUGUACGCAGGGAGAACAAGGCCUUCCAGGAGGAGAUAGCUGACCUAACAGACCAGCUGUCAGAUGGAGGAAAGAGUGUCCAUGAGCUCCAGAAAUCCAAGAAGAAGAUUGAAAUGGAGAAAGAAGAGCUGCAGGCCUCGCUUGAGGAAUUGGAGGCAGCUUUGGAGGCAGAGGAGACCAAGGUGUUGAGACUUCAGUUGGAGUUGUCCCAGGCUAAAGGAGACUUGGAGCGCCGACUGCAGGAGAAGGAGGAGGAGGCUGAAACGGCGAGAAAAGGCCACCAGAGGGCGCUGGAGUCCCUGCAGGCCAGUCUGGACGUGGAGGUGAAGGGCAGAACGGAGGCGCUGAAGCUGAGGAAGAAGCUGGAGGCGGACAUAAACGAGCUGGAGGUGCAGCUGGACCUGCUCACCAAGAGCAACGCGGAGCUCAACAAGAACAGCAAGAAGACGCAGCAGCAAAUCAAGGAGCUGCAGGCUCAGCUGGAGGAGGAGGUGCGGAGCCACGAGGAGCAGCGGGAGGAGCAGGCGGCCCUGGAGCGCCGCUGCGCCCUGCUGGUCAGCGAAGGCGAGGAGACGCGCGCGGCCCUGGAGAGCUCCGACAGGGCCCGGAAAGUCCUGGAGACGGAGCUGCAGGAGGCCAACGAGAAGCUCAGCGACCUCAGCGGACAGUUUCAGUCUGCUCUGACCGGGCGGAGGAAGCUGGAGGUGGAUCUGCAGGCUCUGCAGCAGGAACAUGAAGAGCUGCAGGCGGAGAUGAGAGGCUGCGCCGACAAGGUCAAGAAGGCCGGCUGCGAGCUGGCGCGAGUCGGAGAGGAGCUGCGGCUGGAGCAGGAGCACACGCUUCAUCUGGAGAGGGUGAAGAAAAGUCUGGAAGGCCAGGUCAAAGACAUGAGCGGCAGGCUGGACGAGGCCGAACAGAUGGCUCUGAAAGGAGGGAAGAAGAUCAUCCAGAAGCUGGAGGGGAAGGUCAAGGAGCUGGAGCUGGAGCUGGACUCGGAGCAGAAGCGUCACGCCGAGACGGUGAAGACGCUGCGGAAGAACGAGCGGCGCCUGAAGGAGCUGCUGUUCCAGUCCGAGGAGGACCAGAAGAACCAGCAGCGGAUGCAGGAGCUGGUGGAGCGGCUGCAGAACAAGAUGAAGGCCUACAAGAGACAAGUGGAGGAGGCGGAGGAGCAGGCCAACAUGAACCUGGCGAAGUACAGGAAGACUGUCCACGAGCUGGACGACGCGGAGGAGCGGGCCGACAUCGCAGAGUCAGCGCUGACUAAGAUCAGGACCAAGAACAGGGGCAGCUUCGGCAAGGGAUACUCCUCUGGUUACAGCACUCCGUACCCGGGCCUGGUCCGGUCGCCCAGCUCUGUGGGCUCUGAGGGGAGAGGGGAGAAGAUCCUGAACGACGACAACGAGUCGGUCAGCUCCCUCAUUCCGGCUUACCUCAACUCCCUGAAGAAGCUCAUGAUCGAUUAGCCGGACUUUACAUUCGAACGUCCUCUGCGGAAACAACGCAGCGCUGCAGCGUCAGCGUGGGAACAUCAGCAAUACAUUACCAGAACUUUAUGUUCUUCAUAUGUAAUGGAACCUUCCUGUUGUCCGUCUCCACCACUGACAUGUUCCAGCUUUAAUCAUUUCUGCUUUAAAACACAACAGAGCUGAUUUUUCUUGAUGCAAAUGCUUACUUCCUGUUCUCUGCUAAACUCUUUUAAAAAAACAAGUCGUCUGUCUUUCCAACAAGUUAGUUCUGAUUUGAAAUGCUUUCAGGGAGCUUUGGUUGCUUGAGUUGGUAACUCAGACGCUGAUAUGGGAAUGGUUUCAAGAUCAACAAGCGAUAAUUCAAAUCAAUAAUCAAUGCCCUGUUUUCUAUCAAUGUUAAGUGUGUUUUCAGUGUAUUUUAUCUAAAAGUGUAACUGUCCAAACUGUACCCAAAGCUUUUUAUCUAAUGAUGAGACCUGACCAAAUCAUUUACCAUUUUAAUGUGAAAGUGGCUUCUUUUAUAAAAUACUUUUUUCAUUUU